UGGACCGCGGGCGACCUUACAGCCUCGACCGCGCGGCGCGACGGGACGCGCGUCGACGCGGUUGCUUGCGUGCCUUCGAGAACACACACACGAGAACGCGCUCGCUCGCUCGCUCGAUCCGACCGCGCGCCCUUCUGCGUGUUUUGGAACGCACACACAGCAUCUGCGUCAGCCAGCGCGCGCGGCACAUGGUCCUCUCGCCUCCCGACUCGCAGCACCCCCGAUCUCGUACGAGGUCGUCUCUCCGCUCGAGGUGGCCUGAUCAGUAGCACGAGCGCGGCACGAGCGCGGCACGCAACAGCGCAGUCAGGAAGUGCCGGGAAAAGGGGGGGGUGUCAUGAUCGGCCUCCAAGUCUACGCGCAUCGCAUCAUCAUUAGCUGACUAGCGACUGGUCCAAGAUCGAAUAUGACGUUCGGGAGCGACGGCGGUACUAGAGAAAACGCGACAUUGCGACUGACACGUGUGGCAUCGACGAAAUCGUAGCAGAAUGUGUUAAUAAUAUACUACGAGGAUCUACGAGCUCGGAAUUAUCGAUUGAUCGAACGGGAAAAGCGGCAAGGUCGAAUCCGGUGAAACUGCGCUUUUCAAAGUGGGUCGAAGCUGCGGCACAUUUACUCUCGCUGCAACGAGAGGAGCCGCACCAUUUCUCCGUAGAGAUCCGCGGGAGAUUUGCGGCAAGCCGAGCGUACGUGUGUGCGCGCGCGCGCGCGUCACACACGCGUGCAUUUCCACACGCGUGACUAUGAUGCAUAACGCAGACCAAGCAUUACGGUACAAGCGCGGUUCUUUGCCUCUUGAUAGCUAAAAGCGGGUAGUACACGGUGUUUGUGGCGAAAAGAGGACUGGAGACUGCGGAAAAGAGAGAGGGUGUCACGAAGAAGGGGGUGACAAAAGCGAGAAAGGGAGACCGGGAGAGAGAAAUUGCUCGUGAGAGAAGUGGAAGGGAGAGAGAACAAGAGAGAGAGCAAGAGAGGGAGAGAGAGAGAGAGAAAGACAGGCAGACAGAGUGGAGCUGGAGAGAGUAAUGAUCGUGACGACGGUCGUGCGGACAAAUGAACACCUCGGCACAGCGUUUGGGAUAUUCCAAAGAUGUGAGGAAUGAUCACGUGGAUGAUGGUCGGGCUGCUUCUGGCUGCGGAAACUUGCGGCAGAAACGUCCUCUCCGGAAACGGAAACGGAAACGGAAAGGAGGAGGCGAAGCGGCGGGAGAGCCUGAAGGGCGUCAGCACGGACGAGGAAGACAUCUAUCGUCUAACGUGCUACACUUGCGUCAACGUCAGCGAUAACCAGAUGUGCAACGAAUGGGCGAUAGAUACUCCGUGUCCGGCGGGUGGCCGUGAUUUCUGUCGAUCGCUGCACAUUCUAGACAGCCGAGGGAACAGCGUCUUGGUAAGCAAGAGUUGCGCCAGCAGCGAGGAAUGUGGACCAUCGUCAGUCGGCUGCAUUCCCGUGGAUACGCAGCAGGUCUGCAUAAGCUGCUGCGACCUGAGUUACUGCAAUAUCGAGUCGCCUACUAAUGCCACCAAUGCGAUCUACUCGCGCAAUCGACGCCCCAAGCCGAAGAAACCGAAGCGCAAACGACCCGGCAGAAACGGGGUCGACGCGGCGACGCGGCUUUACGGAUCCAGCCUGCUCUGGCUUCCCGCCUCGCUCUUCUAUGCAUAUCAUUGCUGAGGAAGCAGCAACACUUCACACUGCACACUGCGAAGCGGACAGCGCGGGGGUCGCGCGAGUAUCGCACACGUCGCGACGGAAUCACCGCGCUGAAAACGCGACGGCGCGACUCGCCGUCUCUCGAUCGAAUGUUCUUUUCUGUGAUGAUUCCUUCUGUAGCUCCACGCUCGCCUAAAUAACUGAAGAACUGAAUGUCUAAUUCCGACCAAGCUUUCUGACAAACUUCCAAGCCGUGGAAGGACCAUCUCGCGUGUUCUAACUUUUCGCGCUCGCCGAGCCGACCUCGGCGGCGAUUAUCGUCCAAUAAUUUGGAGAAAGAGAACGCUACUUCUCUAUUUUUCGUACUCUCGUUUGACACUUUUUGCCGCUGUUAACUUUAAUGGAAAUCGCAAAUUUCGAUAUACGUCGUAUACGUCGAUUGAACGCUUGUGUUCCGAGCACGCCGGGAAAACGAAAUGUUCGUUUCGGGGAUAAAACGUCCGUGAGAAAUUGUUUGGGAGUAGUUCCAAGGAGAGAUUCGCGGGAGAGAACGAGAUCCAGGGAAAGAGCGGUCGAAAAACUUGGCGUCGUUCCGCGCUGUCCGGGACGUUAUUAAUCGGGGACUCUUCGAACUAAUCGGGUCCCCCGUGAUGGCAAAAGGAAUUGUUUUCUCGUCGUAGUAUCGGUAGUCGCUAUGCCUCGAAGUAGAAGGAAAUUUAAGGCACAAAGAGUACAGUCGAAGGAGACUUGGGGGGAGGGGGAGGGGGGGGGAGAAAUCGAUAGAUCCGAAUUCGUUUCCGGCGAGAUCUGACGACAAUCUAGACACUGCGCAAUAAGAUUGACUGCUAAUCACUCUAAACACGUAGUUUACUAUAACGAUCUGUGUUCUGUGUACUUGAGACUCUUUCACAAAAAUCAAAAGCUAAAUGAGCCUAUCGUAAUCAAUUUAGAGAGUAUAGUGUGAUAAUAUGUAGUGAGAGUAUAUUAAGCUAUAAUGCAAAAAAAUUUAAUUAACUUGAUUUCUCGAUAUCAAAAUGUUUGUGGUACGCACAUAUCUGAUUUAAUUUGGUAGAAAAUCGAAUGGAUUAAAUUACUUUACAUCGCGCAUGACUGACGGUAAACGUGUUGAAUGUGGAAUGUUUGUUGCAAUUAUUAGGUUAUAAUUGGUCAAAGUAACCGUUAAAAUUUGUUGCAUCGAAAUUUUCGAUGUAAAAUGUUCAAUGACGCGAGUAACGCAUCUCACCACAAUUGUAAGUGACGCACCAGAAGCGAAUUCGAAUUAUCGAGUAAAAUUAUUCACACAUCUACAGACUCGCCUACUACAGACUCUUUACCGCUAUUAUAAUAAUUAACGAUUACAUAAAUAUAUUACGAUAUAGAUACUAUACAUUGUUUCGGCAUGAUGUAAGAAUACUGUUGGUAAUGAAAUAAAGAAAAUUAUACUUGUCA